GCUUUCCCCACAACCCUUUGCGGCUACCAAGAUGGUAGCACCCAGCGGUGCCAUGAGCGACUCGGAGAGCAGCAGCAGUGACAGCAGCGAUGCGGAGGAGCUGGCGCGGUGCCGCGAGGCGGCAACGCCCGCCUGGGGGCUGGAGCAGCGCCCGCGGGAAGCGGAGAGACCCGCAGCCGGUGCUGCAGAUACACAGGCGCCAGCCCCCCAGCCAAGCCGCAGGCGUGAGGUGAACCAGCACGAUGAAGAUGGCAACGAACUUCAGACCACUCCUGAGUUCCGAGCCUACGUGGCCAAGAAACUGGGAGCACUGCUGGACAGCUCCAUUGCUAUCGCAGAAGUAUGGAAGAAGACGCAGCAGGCCAGGUUGCAGCAGGAGGCCAAGGAGCAGCAGGAGGCCAAGGAGCAGCAGGCGGCCAAGGAGGCGCAGGCAGCCAAGAAGGAGGAGGAUGGCUUCCGCCUUUUCUUCACAUCUGUCCCCGGAGGCCAUGAGAAGGAAGCUUCUCCAAGACCCUGCCGAAAGCGCCAGCCCCCCAGCUCCAGUGAGGACAGUGACGAGGAAUUGCAGCGGUGCCGGGAGGCAGCUGUGUCCGCUUCAGAUAUUCUCCAGGAGUCAGCCAUACACUGCCCUGCCAAGGUCGAGAAGGAGGUCGAGAAGAAGAAGUUGAAAAAGAAAGCCAAGAAGAAGGCAGACGCUGACCUGGCUGCAGCCACAGGCCUGGAACAGGUAAAGGAGGCGGGUAGCGUCAAUGGGGACCCAGUGUUGUCUGGGACCAAAAAGAAAAAGAAGAAAAAGGCCAAGAAAGCCAGAGAGGCUUCCCUGUGCCCACCAGCAGAGUGCGCAGCGGCUGAGCCUAAGAACUGACUGCAGGCUGUAGGUAGGUCCUGAGGUCACCAGCUCUGAGGAUACUAACCCAGGGGGUUAGGGCAGAGCCAAGCCACACUCCAUCUCCAGCUUCCCGCACUGACUGCCCGCAGGUGACUUUAGUUGGCUUGCCCAAGAGUGCAAGCAAAGGAGUGGGUAUAUGGGGGGAAGUCUGUGCAAGGCUGGAAUGGACUUGUGGUUCCAGAACAUUCCAUCGCCUCAGGAAGUACAACUCUUCCAGCUUUUGAGACUGAAUCUCACAGCAUCCAUCUUCCCAACCUGUGCAGCCUUGGAUGACAGUUAUCUUCGAGAAUGAUGGGGAGGGGUCUUCAAGCUACUGAGGCCCCAGAAAACUUCUGUACCUCCCCCCCAACCCACACAGACUUAAUAGCAUUGUCUGGAAGAGAAGGAAAGAUAUCCCCCACCUCCUUCUCCCCCCACAUUUGUGUGUAACGUGUUAAUUUGUUAAUAACACAGGUAAACCAUUUCACUCUCUGAAAACCAGGUGCCAGAGCACUGAGCACCUACUUAGUGGAAGGAAAGAGAAAAAGGGAAAUAAAUUAUCAGGUGACCCAGA